AUGGCAGCAGCGAAGAGAUUCAAAAUGUCUCCUCUCACAAUCGGCACUCACAAUGGCCAUUUUCACGCGGAUGAAGCUCUCGCCGUCUACAUGCUCCGUUUGCUGCCCACCUACCACUCCUCACAGCUCAUCCGGACGCGGGAUCCUACCCUUCUCCAGACCUGCCACACCGUUGUCGACGUCGGCGGUGAGUAUGAACCAUCCACGAACCGCUACGACCACCAUCAGCGUACCUUCAACACUACCUUUCCAAACCGCCCAACCAAGCUUUCUUCUGCCGGCCUUGUCUACCUACACUUCGGAAAAGCAAUUAUUGCGCAGCACUUGAAUGUCUCGGAGGAUGCUGCAGAGGUCACAGUCAUUUGGGAGAAGGUGUACGAGAGCUUUAUUGAAGCGUUAGAUGCGCACGACAAUGGAAUCUCGGCAUACGACCCAAAGGCGAUUGCUGCUGCCGAAUUGAAGAAGAAUUUCAGUGACGGAGGGUUCACUUUGGGUGCUAUGGUGGGAAGACUGAACCCAAAUUGGAACGACCCCACACCCUCAGAUCUAGUUGAAGCGCAGAAGGUGGAGGAUGAGAAAUUCUUAGUCGCGAGCACGAGGAUCGGUGAGGAAUUCUCGCGGGAUCUGGAUUACUACACUAAGGCUUGGUUGCCUGCCAGAGGAAUUGUGCAUAAUGCAUAUGCCAAGCGGUUGGAGCAUGAUAAGAGCGGGAGAAUAUUGGUGUUUGAGGGACAAUCUGUGCCGUGGAAGGACCAUCUCUACACUCUCGAGGAAAAGGAGGGUGGAGAUGCAAAGGUUCUCUAUGUUUUGUACCCAGAGAAGCCCACGCUAGACGCCAAGUGGAGAAUCCAGGCCGUUCCAGUCAGCAAGGAUUCCUUCGAGAGCAGGAAGCCAUUGCCCGAAGCAUGGAGGGGCUUCAGAGACGAGAAAUUGGAUGAGAUCACGGGAGUUGAUGGAGGGGUCUUUGUUCACGCUGCAGGAUUCAUUGGUGGAAACAAGAAUUUUGACGGUGCCAAAAAGAUGGCCCUCAAGGCGCUUGACCUGUGA